AUGCAACUUUAGAACAUCGAUCUCUUUUCUUAACCAUUUUAAUUUAAUAUUGGUAAGAAUAAAAUGAGGAAAAGAACCAUUUUGGGAGCUAUUUUGUCUAUUUCCGUAAUAUCCAUCAUCUUAGGCUAUUUUAUUUAUCUCCUGUACCAGUAUUUAAAUAAUCUAAUUGACCCUACUUACAGAUCUUAAAGUGUAAUCGUCAACGAUAGAAUAGAUUUGGAUCUAAAUAAUGAUUUAUUUGCCUUUUAAUACCAAAUAAAUGGCACCUAUUCAGUGAGAGAUUUAGAGGUACAAUAAAACAAAACUUAUUUGGUGUUUUUGCCAUAUUUUUUAAGCACUGAUGGAAACCUGAUUAAGCUCAAUUUUACAUAAUGCUCAAAUAGUGAACUAUCUGACUUUUAAUGCAUAGAUUUCUCUACAAUAUCUCAAAAUAAUACUCUGGCCUUGGGAAAGAAUAACUUAAGAUCUAGCAUUAUAUUUUUAGGUUAUAGAUGCUAAGAUGUGGACAUUUACAAAACUACUAUCCCAGACAACUGCGCUGCUCCUAGUGAUAUUGAUAUGAUCCUUAAUAACCCUUCGGCUGCUUUUUAAGUAAAAUUAUAUACUUCACAAUAUAAUAUAACAUCUUAGCAAAUGGAAGUAAAAUUUAGAAAUCAAUAUAUCAAUCUAUAAGGAGGCCAGUUUGUUUUUACAACUUUCAAUGUAAUUAAGUAAUAAACUAUUAUUAAACAAGGGCCAGUUUUUUAAACUGAUUCUACUUUUUCAUCUCCAAUUUAAUAUAAUCCCUUCGUACAAAGUUAUGAUAGAUAGACUGCUUUUGAAAAUACAGGAUUAACUUUAAUCAUGUAAGUUACUAUAGAGCUUGAUGAAAUUGUAGAAUUUACCCAAAUACAAUUCCCAACUAUAACUUCAGUUUUUGCUUAAUGUAACACUGUAAUAACUGCAUUAAUGUGCAUUGGAAUUAUUGGUAGGUAUAUUUCAUAAAAACUUUUAGAAUAGGAUAUUUUCAUGUUAAUUUUAUAAAAUAUUUUCUCAAACAAUUAUCAAAAAGUAUUAAAAACAAAUAAUAUUUGUAGCAAAGAAGAAGAUCCUUUGAUUGAUUAACUGGUUCAAACGAAAAAGAACAUGCUGAAGGAAGUAGUUGAAAAUACAGAAUCUAUUGCUAUUCCUUCAUUUAAUACUAAGUUGAAAGAAUCAAUCGAAAUGCAGCAAAGCUCACCUUGCUCAAGUUAAUUAUAUGAAAAUUAUUAGUAACAAGAUGAAAUCAAAGAAUAGCAUUUAGAAAACAAAUUAGUUCAGAAUACUCCACAUUCAGAAAAUUUGAAAAUUUCUGAAAUAUAGAUCACAACUUUGAAUACCAGAUAAACUGAAAAUGAUGGAUUAGAAAAUUUUUCUUACUGUGAAAAAAAAUUGUUAAGUCCUAAUCCUUUUAAACUUAUAAAUCCAUAAUAGCUUACAAGAAAUUCCCCGAAAAAUAAUUAAAAAAUCAACUUUACAAACAAGUUAGCAUCUAAAAAUUGUUAGGAAAAUAGCAUAAAUUAACAAAAUUUAAUAUCAAUUUCAGUCGAAAAGGAAAAUAAAGAUAAUGAAGGAGAAUUUAAACUUAAAUUUAAAGAAAAAAUAGAGCAUUAUUCGAAGAAACUUUUUUAGUUAAAAGAUGAAAUCCUUAAAAGAAAGGCUUAAAAGAUUUUAUUCAAUUUUAGGUAUUAUUUCACUAUUCGUAACAGAAAAGAUAUACAUUAAAACAAAGGAAUGAAUUCGUUUGAGACUAAAGUAGUUGAAAAUUAAAUUCAUCAAACGAUGGAUGUUUUAUAACUAUUUAAAGAUUUUAUAUAACUCAAGAAAGCUGUGAUGGUUUUAUUCAGUAAAGAAUAACUAGCUGCUUUGUAGCUUGUAGGCUGUUCAGCUAACCUUUAAAAUGUUUAAUAGAUGAAAUAAAACUCACCACAAUUUGAUUAGAAAAUAUAAAAUCAUUUUUAGAAGUAAUAUACAAUCCAACAAUCAUAAGAAUUACAAGCAUUUUAUAUCUAAAAAUUCUUAAAAAGAUGCUCAAGCAAUUAAAAUCUAAGCAAGUUAGAUUUAAGAAUUUUAUCUUCAUUAAGUUAAAAUUGA